AUGACUUCGAUAACUGUUGGUGUACACAAUGGAAAUAACGUACUCUACAAUGAGCUAAGCGAUCGUUAUGUGCUUACUACUACUGCAACGGAUCCUUCAGUUCAACCUGGACAAGGUGGUCAAGGUGGUCAGUCACAAAAUGGCACUACACUUCCUGGCUUAUCAACGGAUCCAUCCACAGCAACGCAUCCCUCAGUUCAGCCUAGUCAAGUUGGUCAAGGUGGUCAAUCACAAACUGGCACUCAACUUCCAUGCUUAUCAACGGAUCCUUCUACAAGUACUUCCGCAGCGGAUCCCUCAGUUCAGCCUGGACAAGGUGGUCAGGGUGGUCAAUUACAAACUGGCACUCAACUUCCUUGCUUAUCAACGGAUCCAUCCACAGCAACGGAUCCCUCAGUUCAGCCUGGACAGUGUGGUCAAAGUGGUCAAACACAAACUGGCGCUCAACUACCUGGCUCAUCAAUGGAUCCUUCUACAAGUACUACUGCAACGGAUCCCUCAGUACAAGCUAGUCAAGCUCGGAAAACUGGAAGGUCACAGAAUAUAACCACUAAAGGCCAAAUUCUUUUUUAUAUCGAAAUGAAGGAUGACAGAAAUAAUUCUUAUGCUUCAGCUAUAGAUGUUGCUGCAUCUCAGGAUCCGCAGAUCAUUAUGGCGGUACUUUUCAGUCCCAACGAAGAAAAAUAUGCUGUAAUUAAGAAAAAGUGUUGCGUUGAUAGAGCAGUUGCUUCACAAGUUGUGACUAUGAAGGUUAUUGCACCACGCCCAGAAAAGUCGGCUGGUCUAAUGUCAAUAGCAACGAAGGUUGUCAUUCAAAUGAACGCUAAAUUGCGCGGAAUUCCAUGGAUGAUUGAUAUGCCUAAUCUUGGUAUUAUGACAUGCGGUUUUGAUGUAUGUCAUUCAACUAAAAAUAAAAAUAACUCAUAUGGCGCAUUUGUUUCAACAAUGGACAUAAGGAAAUCUUCGAGAUAUUAUUCAUCAGUCCAAGAACAUGUAAAAGGCCAAGAAUUAUCAAAUUAUUUAACGCUAAGUGUAGCGAACUCUUUACGAGCAUAUCUGGAGGAGCAUCAAUGCUUGCCUGAACGUAUAGUAUUUUAUCGCGAUGGAGUUGGUGAUGGUCAGCUGCACCAAGUUGUAAACCAUGAAGUUAAAGCUCUAGUCAAUAGAUUAGACGAAAUAUAUAGUAGCAAGGGAAGUGCACCACCACGCUUUGCAUUUAUAGUUGUAUCCAAAAGAAUCAAUACGCGAUACUUUCUUAAAGGUCGCAAUCCUCCACCUGGUACCGUUGUGGACGAUAUUAUUACUUUACCAGAGCGUUAUGACUUUUAUUUAGUGUCGCAGUCUGUAUUCCAAGGUACAGUCUCUCCUACCAACUAUAACGUUAUACACGAUACAACAGGCUUCAAGCCAGAACAUAUUCAAAUGCUUAGUUACAAAAUGACUCACAUGUAUUAUAAUUGGGCUGGUACCUGCCGCGUACCUGCAGUGUGUCAAUAUGCUCAUAAAUUGGCAUUCUUGGUAGGUGAGAACAUCAUGCGUGCUCCAUCUACUGCACUCGAGAAGAAUUUAUAUUUCUUGUAAGAAAUAAAAAAAAACAUUCUGUAUAUAUAUAUCUAUAUACAUAUAUAUAUAUCUAAUAUUAAGUACAUUUUUUCUUUAUAAUUCCAUUUAAUUUUUAUUUUAUAUUAGUUGACGGCGCUAAAGACGCUUCAAAUUUACUUUUUAUUUAAUUUGUUGCACACUGAGGUAACAUAAGUGCUAAAAUAAUACCUCAUACUUGAGUUUAAUGAACAAACUUUUGCUAACUAUUUGCUUUAAUUUGAAUAUUUUUUUAUAAAAAACAAAACAAAAAACAAAUGAAAUAUCAAAAAUUUGAAUUUAAUUCAAACAAAAACAUUUAGAUUCCAUUUUCGUUUGGUGUACUUUACCUCACAACUCGAAUGUUGUAGAUAUUUUUCCUAUGAGGACAUUCCAUAUGUUCCUGAAAUAAUUUACCAAAAUAUGAAUCUGUUUUUGUUUAAAGAUUUUAUAGAAUAAGAAUAAAUAUUAUCGUAUCCAUUAAGUUUAUUUUUGCGAAUUGAUUUACUUUUAUAAAUUCAUUAUAAUUUUGUAAAUUCAAUACACUUUUUUAUUAUCAUUACAUUUUAUAAAUUUUUUGAAUAAACUAUUAAC